AUGACGGAAAGUCUUGUUUAUUCGGGAACAAACGAACUUGUCAAUACUGAUGAGGAGAAUACGCAAACAGCACAGGCACAUUUUCUAUCAUUAGAACAACUACAGAUGCAAUUAAAGGCACAACAGGAAUUGUUCCAACAGCAACGAGAACUUUUUAAUAAUGAUAAUGUACACACCAGCCCAAUCCCUACUCUCAAUCAUACAUGGAGCUUUACGCAAGGACUUGUUGUUGGUCAGUUAAGCGUGAUUGUGGUGGUAGCGAUAUUCAUAAAAUUUUUUGUAUUUGCUGAUUCUUCUGCUACAACAACCACCACAAGUUCUUCCAAUAAAGAUAUAUCAGGGAUAAUCGUGAAGAGAAACAAAAACUUAAGAGGUACACUGAAUGAAGAUAAAGAUCUAAAUGGUGGUAAAGAGGAUGAAUACAAUCUGCCUAAUUUAUCGAAAAUUUCUACAAUAUUGGAAAAAACUUAUUAUGAUGUAGAAAAUCAUUCACCAGAAUCACUAGACUGGUUUAAUGUCCUUAUAGCGCAAACUAUAUCCCAAUUAAGAACUGAAGCAUUGUUAUCGGAUAAUAUUUAUCACUCUUUAAAUGAAUUUUUAACAAACCUGGAUCUUCCAGAUUAUCUUGAUAAGGUUAAAUUAACGGAGAUAGAUAUAGGAGAUGAUUUUCCAAUAUUUUCAAACUGUCGUAUAAAGCAUAGCAAAGAUGGAUCUGGUAGACUAGAAGCCAAAAUUGAUGUCGAUUUAUCAGAUACUUUAACGUUAGGUAUUGAAACAAGGCUUUUGUUGAACCAUCCGAGACCUUUAACUGCCGUCUUACCGGUUCAACUAUCAGUAUCAAUAGUGAGAUUUUCAGGAUGUUUGACUGUUGCUUUAAUAAAUACUAAUGACCAAGAAUUUUUGGACUUACAAAACGUUACAACCCAGUCUCCUGAAUCAUCUAAUGAACCAAAUUCUCAAAACCAAUCUCAACAAUCAACGCCUGCAAAUAGCUCAAACUCAAGAGUUGAAAAUGAGGGAUCAUCCAAUACUGAAGCAAAACACUCUAAGUCUAAAAAGUCCCAAGAAGAGACAGGAACGGCAUUGAUGUUUUCAUUCUCACCCGACUACAGACUUGAAUUUACUGUAAAAUCGUUAAUUGGAUCUAGAGCCAAAUUGCAAGAUGUUCCAAAGAUAUCUUCAUUAAUAGAAAGUAAAUUGAGAAGCUGGUUCAUUGAAAGAUGUAUUGAACCAAGAUUUCAGGUUGUUAAAGUUCCAUCAUUAUGGCCAAGGAGACAAAACACAAGAGAACCUGUUCAUUCGAAUGUGAAUGGCAUUGUAGAUAAAACUGAAGAGGCGCUGAUAUAA